AUGAAAAGUAAUAUUGAUAGAAAUGGACAAUAUUCCUCAUACAAUUUUCGUAUAAAUCAGCUACAAUCUCGAACGUCCUUUCUUUCCAAAAAAAUUAGAAUACAAACAACUGAACGUAAACUUCUAUAUAAACCUCCUUAUGAUCUAACCCUCACAAUCGAAGAAUCAACUAAGCCUGCCAAAAAUCGCAAUAAACCACCACAACCACAAAAAAACUGGAUUAUAUCAUAUGCUCACGAAUUCACUUCAAGUAACAAUACAAAUCGAUGGGUCGCUGUCUUAAACGUCAGCAACAACAAUCAUUUAUAA